GGACCGUGCAACAUGAGGAGAGCACUUCUGGGUCUAUUUGGUUCAUGUCCUGGUCUGCCUCAGGGGAAGUUGGAUGGUGGCCAGGGUGCAGGGCCAGUUUCUCCAUCAACCAUUCUAGUGUUGCUAGUGAUGGUAGUAAUCGUACCAAGUUGCCUCAGGGGAAGUGGGAACUAGGCAAGGGUGAAGGGGUAGCUGCUCCGGCGACGCUUGUAGUGGUGGUGGUGUUGGUAGUGGUCAUCAACUACUGGUUGUUGGUUCUGCCAUGUCUUCUCAGAGACCAUCCUAUGAAAUCGUCAAUGAAGGUCAGAUGUUUGUUGAUGUGAACAAGUCCAGCGGAAAGAAGGUCCGUAUCAUCAACAGACCAGCUUAUUAUUGGACAUAGACCAGCACGACCGCACGUAUCUGCGUCGCCGAUUGUCACAUCGCCUGCUCCAGCCAUACAGUAUAAUAUGGAGGAUAUAACGCGAAAGUGUAAAGAGUCCGUGGUUCACAUCAUGGCCUCCACCGAGAAAAUGAGUUCGAGUGGGAGUGGGAGUGUAUGGGACACUCACGGGCAUAUUAUCACCAACAAUCACGUCUUAAUCAGUGAUAACUUGAAAGUCACGCUUCCGGAUGGCACCAAAUACGAGGCUGUUGUUGUGAAACGUUACAAAAGCCAGGAUCUCGCCAUGAUCAAAUUGCGGGGAUGUUGCUCCAAACUGGUCCCCGUUGUAACAUGCUCGGAGAUAAGCCCCUACGUCUAGUUCUGCUCCUCCUUUCUCCUUGGAUUCCCUUGUUUCAUUCUUUUGGAGCUGCCUUGUCUUGCAAUCGAAGUGACAGAUCAAGCCAAUUAAGUUGUCGACCAUUAGGAUUAGUUAGUGACUGGGGUUCAUUUUCUUGAUAUCACAGGCCUUGAAUGUCGGGAACUUUGUGUUCGCAAUUGGGUUCCCACUCUCUUGCGAGAUGACUGUAUCUUAUGGUCAUGUCUCUUGUUUCCCGGAGCAACCCAUUAAUGUUGAUGGAUCCCUUGUUAGAGAUGCAAUCCAACUAGAUGCAAAUAUAAACCACGGAAACUCAGGCGGACCGAUCUUCAACUCAAGAGGCGAGUGUGUUGGAGUCAUAGUCUGCGGAUUCCGGAAUUCCGGCAUUAAUUAUGGAAUCCCAUUGAAAACAGUUACCAAUAUGGUGAAGAGAUUCAAAGAGGAAUCGGCUGAGCAGAAAGGGGAAGCCAUCUUGCCAAAUUUGAAGCCCUUCUUGCGAGAUAUUAAGAACACCGUGCAAGAAUUGAGUAUUCGUACUGGUUAUCAGACUGGUCCAGCUUCAGGUGGCUUGCACAGUCUGGCUAGUUCUAGCACUACUCGAUCGAUAGUACAUUGUACAAAACUCAAGUAUCGUAGUCUUCCAUGCUCCUGUUCCAUGUGCAGGCACUUGGUGCCAUCUGAGCAGCCAGGCCUAGUUAAAGGAUAUAGCAAAAGGGUUUAUCCUCCGGCGUAACCAUGGUUGCAACGGAACGAUCAAAAUUGUGAUUUCAUGUGUUUCGAAACAUGCCCUGAGACGCCUAUAUGUUGCAGUAAACGUUUGUUAUAAUAAAAUAGGAAUUGAACGUGUUUAAUUCUUU